AUGGCCGCACAUAGCAGAGGGCAUCCGGCCAUGAGGGAAAGGGAGUUCUCGCCGGCGGGGACCUCUCCAUAUUGGUGGAUCCGCCCCUGCGCCGGACCGAUCCUCUUCCUGUCCCUCCUCUUCCUCUUCCUCUUCCUCUUUACCGCCGCCGCGGCGUCUGCGGCGGCGCCUGAGGAGGAGAAAUUCACGGAGGAGCUGCUCCUGCGGCCGCUCCCGGACCGCAAGGCACUGGCCCACUUCCACUUCCGCUCCUCUGCGCCCCCCGCUGCUUCCGUUGGUCGGCACCACCACCUCUUCCCCAAGGCCAUCUCCCAGCUGGUUAAAAAAUAUCAUAUUAGCGAGUUGGAGCUAUCUUUCACCCAGGGAAGAUGGAACUAUGAGCAGUGGGGUGGAUUUGAUCCUAUGUCAACUAAUAAUGCAAAGCCUCCUGGUGUUGAGCUGUGGGCAGUUUUUGAUCUUCCUUUGUCUGAAAUUGAUGCAACAUGGAAGAACCUGACACAUACACUCUCUGGCCUGUUUUGUGCAUCCAUCAACUUUUUGGAGUCUUCAACUGCAUUUUCUGCUCCUCGUUGGGGAUUUAAAUUGAAUGAAGGCAAUUUGCGAUAUGGUGCAUUGCCUCGUGAAGCAGUAUGCACUGAGAAUCUGACACCUUGGUUGAAACUUCUUCCAUGUCGUGACAAAGCUGGGAUAGCUUCUUUGCUGUACAGGCCUUCAAUUUACAAAGGAUAUUACCAUUCGCAAAAACUGAAACUGAGAUCCUCCCAGUCACUUGGUAUUAUUCUUGAUCAAACUCUGACUGUUGUGCUCCAACCAAAUACUGUAAGUGGCGAACAGCUACAUUCCAAUCAUGGUCAACUUCAGCCCAACUGGUCCAUGAGACAUCUUUUCAACAGAAAGUUGUCAGGGAAAUGCCUUGUUUCUAAAUCCAGCAGAGUAUUCAUUGAGGUUGAUAAAGGCAUUGUUGACAAUGUUAACAAAUCUGGAAGUGAUCUUUCUUGGAGUAAUGAAUUCUUUGUAUUGUCUAAUAGCCCGGACAAGUUGAUCAAAGGUCAAAAUCACGUAGAAAUUCAAUCUUCUUUUUUAUAUGUAUACGAUGCUAGUAACUACACUGAGGAAAAACCUUUGGAUGUGGGCAUAACUUGGAAGCUUCCCCUCGUAUGGACUUGCACCCCAUCACCUUUUCAUGCAAGCAGAUUUCUUAUGGGCAGUGGAAAUGAAAGAGGGUCAAUUGCUCUGUCGUUUAUGUCCACUAAUCUUCAUAAGCAGAUAUCCGGCAGCCCAACUGAUUGUUCAAUAAAGGCAGUUAUUUUCCAGGUUGUUCCAUGGUAUGUUAAGGUCUAUUAUCACAGCCUAGAAAUAUUUAUAGAUGGGAGCAGGAAGACUGUGUCAGAAGUAGUUGACAAGAUUCAUGUCAUUCCUUCAGAAGACAAGCUUUUGCCUGGUACCCUGGAGAUGCUACUAAGAUUCCCUUGCAGUAUGCAGUCAGGAACUCUGACAUUGGAUUUUGACAAGGGAUUCCUGCAUAUAGAUGAAUAUCCUCCUGAUGCUAAUCAAGGAUUUGACAUUCCUUCAGCUUUGGUUAGCUUUCCUGAGUUCAGUUCUGCUCGAAGUUACCCUGAAAUUGAUCCAGUACUUGGAUCUCCUUUACUAGAAAAUUUCCAGGAAGAUAGUGUUGUGAAGUCGUAUACAGAAGUAUUGCUUGUUCCCCUGACAACUCCUGAUUUUAGCAUGCCAUAUAAUGUCAUCACCUUCACAUGCACUGUCUUAGCUCUUUACUUUGGCUCAUUAUUGAAUGCUUUGAGACGAAGGAUUGGUGAGGAAGAGAGGGAGUUGAAGAAAACAGUGGUCAUACUGAAGAAGUGGCAACUCUUAGCAAGCAUCCUUUAUAGGAAAUUUGUUGAUGAAUUGUUCUAG